CACGUGGUAUAUACUCCGUGGUGAAGCAAAGCCUCGUGCUACCAGCGUCAAGACACUUGAAGAUUUGAGGUUAACCGAAGCCACCGAAUUUUUGACAGUAAAUUACUGAUCUCCAGCUUCUCGAAACACAUCAUCAAAAUUCUCGGUAAUUCCGCAGUUUAUGUGAAUAAUCUUCAGUGAGGAAAAAAUGGCAGUAAGAGUACAAUUCGAGAACAGCAAUGAAGUCGGCGUGUUUUCCAAACUCACGAAUUCGUACUGUCUUGUGGCUAUCGGUGGCUCAGAAAAUUUCUACAGUGUCUUCGAGGCUGAAUUAUCCGAAACAGUGCCAGUGAUCCAUGCCUCCAUCGCAGGGUGCAGGAUCAUUGGUCGGCUGACUGUUGGAAACAAAAAUGGUCUCUUGGUACCAAACACAACAACGGACAUUGAACUUCAACACAUUCGCAACUCAUUACCAGAUUCUGUUAAGGUGCAGAGAGUCGAGGAGAGGCUCUCUGCACUUGGCAAUGUUAUUGCGUGCAAUGAUUACGUUGCUCUGGUCCAUCCGGAUCUCGACAGGGAAACCGAGGAGAUUCUUGCGGACACAUUGAAAGUCGAAGUUUUCAGACAGACAGUGGCCAGUAAUGUUCUCGUAGGUUCAUACUCUAUUUUGUCGAACCAAGGGGGUCUUGUGCAUCCCAAAACCUCGAUACAGGAUCAGGAUGAGUUGUCAUCCCUUCUACAAGUCCCACUGGCUGCUGGAACAGUGAACAGAGGGAGUGACAUCAUAGCAGCAGGAAUGGUAGUGAACGAUUGGGCGAGUUUUUGUGGUAUGGACACCACUGGUACUGAACUUUCGGUUAUCGAGAGUGUAUUCAAGCUUAACGAGGCAACACCUGCUGCAAUCACCUCGAACAUGAGGGCAUCACUUAUAGAAAGUAUGUCCUAGGAGAACUGCCAUUGCCAACCAUUAAAUAUAAAUUCUGGAUGAAAUAAGAACGUGAUGUAUGCCUGUACAUAAUUCACAUUAAUGCUCCUGUAAAGAGGGAUUAAUAACCAAAAUGAAUUUCCUUCCUCUCAGAAGCCAGGUUUAAUUGACAUAAGAGUUGAUCUGUCCUAAUCAGUCGAGUUAUAAAAUAGAGGAAUAAAUCAUGAUAAAUGGAAA